AUGCCCUGGGAAGACCCUGAAAUUGCGGCCGCGGCCCCACCCGCCGCCGCCGACGGGGCCGUGCCGCGUGCAGCUGCCGUCUUUGGCGCCGACGACGAGGACGAGCCCGCCAUCGCCCCCGCGCCCUCCGCGGCCGGCGUCGCCGCGGCGGUCGCGGCGCGCAAGGCGCGGCUGGCGGAGGAGGAGGCGCGGCGGCAGGCGGAGGCUGCGGAGGCGGGCGAUGAGGAGGUCGACCCGCUUGAUGCGUUCAUGUCUGAGGAGGUUCUGCCCGAGGUCAAGGCGCGCCAGGCGGCGGAGGAGGCCGCGAAACAGGCGGAGCGCGUGAAGCUGGCGCAGGCCAUGGCGGCCGGCAAGGCGCCCAAGCUGCCCGCG